UUUUUCGGUUCAAACCGGUUUUUCAAGUUCUCGGUUUCCCUCACCGCGUUGUAGAGAGAUCUAUCUUCCAUAGCUACACAUCCAGAAACCGAGGCUUUAAUCUUCGUUUUCAAAAACCCACAUAUCUCAUCUUUCAAAUCCAAAAGCAAGACUGCCCAUUUCUCUUUCAUCUUCAUUUCCAAAAACCCCAUAACCCCUUUUCUUUGAAACGCUGAGAAAGAGAGGGAAUUUUGGUUAAUGGGGGCUUACAGGGCAGACGAUGACUAUGACUAUUUGUUUAAGGUGGUGUUAAUAGGCGACUCUGGGGUUGGAAAAUCCAACCUUUUGUCUAGAUUCACAAGAAAUGAAUUCAGCUUGGAAUCUAAAUCCACCAUCGGUGUUGAAUUCGCCACCCGCAGCAUCCGUGUCGAUGACAAGGUCGUCAAGGCCCAGAUUUGGGACACUGCUGGCCAGGAAAGAUACCGAGCGAUCACUAGUGCAUACUAUAGAGGAGCUGUUGGUGCCUUGCUUGUUUACGAUGUCACUCGACAUGUCACCUUUGAGAAUGUGGAGAGAUGGUUAAAAGAGCUUCGGGAUCACACUGAUUCAAACAUUGUUAUCAUGCUUGUGGGAAACAAGGCAGAUUUGAGGCACUUGCGAGCAGUUACAAUGGAGGAUGCCAAGGCAUUUGCUGAGAGAGAAAACACUUUUUUUAUGGAAACCUCCGCUCUAGAGUCCUUGAAUGUUGAAAACGCCUUCACAGAAGUACUAACUCAGAUCUACCGUGUUGUCAGCCGGAAGGCUCUUGAGGUUGGGGAUGACCCAGCGGCCUUGCCCAAGGGACAGACCAUUAAUGUUGGCAAAGAUGACGUAUCAGCAAUGAAAAAAGUGGGAUGCUGCUCAGCAUAGUCAGAAUAAAAGAAGCCAUGGUGUUAGUAGUUUGUCCUUUAAAGAUUUGCAUUUCAGUGGCUUGAAGAUGCCUUUGUUUAUGUUGAAAAGAAGCAACCUGGAAUGCUCAUAAGCAUUUGUAGUUUGAUGGUGUGCUUAGAGAUUAGCAAAUUUGUUUAAGUUGAGAGACAAAUUAAGGGUUCAGAUUGAAGAGACUUUCAUAAUUUCUGUUGCUUUUUCUUGUUAUUCUUUCUCUUUUAUAUGUUUGUUUUGAUUUGAUGGGUGUUGUUGUAAUCCCUAGACAAAUCCAACCCUUAAGGUUAGAUUAUAUUUUAUUGCUCAGAUUUGAAAAUUUAUGUUGAGAUAAUGUUUUUCUUUUUU